UCCAUCCCGGAGCGGGCGGCGCUGAGCGGCGGAGUGGGGGCGGGGGCUGCAGGCUGCCGGAGCGGGGCCCCUGACACCCGGCUCGGAAGGCGCAGGGGAGCCCGGGCCAGCCGGGUGGCGGUGGCGGGUGGGGGAGGCCCAGCAUGCGAGCGGAGGCCCGGUGAAGCGGGGCUGGGGGGAGAGGGAAGCGCUUCGGAGCGGGCCUGCCUGGCUGCCGGUGCUCGGAGCUGGCUGCGGAGAGGCGGCUUGUUUUCCUGGCCGGGCUUUGCAGCGCCCCGCUGCCUUCUCCGGCCCGCUUCCUCGCCCCCCCUCAGCCCGCUGCGCUCUGCGAGGAUCCCCCCACCACCCACCGCCUCCCCCCUCGGCGCGCUGGGCUCCUAAGCUGGCUGUAGGAUGAGCCCUGAGGACUCCCAGGGGCAGUCGCUGCUCCAUCGCCAGGCUGGAAUAUAGCUCAGAAGUGGGGUGGCGGCGGUGGAAAUAAGCAGCCCCCCACCCCGUCCCUUGAUGGUGGCCUUUCGUAACCACUGUCUCGCAGCAGAGUGACAAGCAUUAUUUAGGGGGGGUGGUAGGUUUUUGUUGGGGAGGGGGGUGUUUUGUUUUGCUGGCGGAGGCAGCCGGUGCUCCAGCACAAGCGAAUUAAAAUGUCCACUAGAACUCCAUUGCCUACGGUGAAUGAACGCGACACUGAGAAUGAUGUCGUCUCUUCACUGGGGGAAGUCCUUUGCGAAAAGCACACCUCUCAUGGAGAAGGACGUCAAGAAGUUUCCUCUCGAACUGGGCGCUCUGGAGCUCGCUGUAGAAAUUCUAUAGCUUCCUGUGCAGAUGAGCAACCUCAUAUUGGAAAUUACAGACUUCUUAAAACAAUUGGAAAGGGGAAUUUUGCAAAAGUAAAGUUGGCUAGACACAUCCUUACUGGCAGAGAGGUUGCAAUAAAAAUAAUUGACAAAACACAGUUGAACCCAACUAGUCUUCAAAAGCUUUUCAGAGAAGUAAGAAUAAUGAAGAUUUUAAAUCAUCCAAAUAUAGUUAAGUUAUUUGAAGUAAUUGAAACUGAAAAAACUCUCUACUUAAUCAUGGAGUAUGCAAGUGGGGGAGAGGUAUUUGACUAUCUGGUUGCACAUGGAAGAAUGAAGGAAAAGGAAGCAAGAGCUAAAUUUAGACAGAUAGUAUCUGCAGUGCAGUACUGCCAUCAAAAGCAUAUUGUUCAUAGAGAUCUCAAGGCUGAAAAUCUGUUGCUAGAUGCAGAUAUGAACAUUAAAAUAGCAGACUUUGGUUUUAGCAAUGAGUUUACAGUUGGAAAUAAACUGGACACAUUUUGUGGCAGCCCACCAUAUGCUGCGCCAGAGCUUUUCCAAGGCAAGAAAUAUGAUGGACCUGAAGUAGAUGUUUGGAGUUUAGGUGUUAUUCUUUACACUCUUGUUAGUGGAUCUCUUCCUUUUGAUGGACAGAACUUAAAGGAACUGAGAGAGAGAGUACUAAGGGGAAAAUACAGGAUCCCUUUCUACAUGUCAACAGACUGUGAAAACCUCCUCAAACGUUUUCUGGUGCUAAACCCAACUAAAAGAGGCACUCUAGAGCAAAUCAUGAAGGACCGGUGGAUCAACGCAGGGCAUGAAGAUGAUGAGCUAAAACCUUUUGUGGAACCAGAGCUGGACAUCUCAGACCAGAAGAGAAUAGAUAUUAUGGUUGGAAUGGGAUACUCUCAAGAAGAAAUUCAAGAAUCCCUUAGUAAAAUGAAAUAUGAUGAAAUCACAGCUACAUACUUAUUGUUAGGAAGAAAAUCAUCAGAGUUGGAUGCUAGUGAUUCAAGCUCCAGCAGCAAUCUUUCCCUUGCUAAAGUUAGGCCAAGUAGUGAUCUCAACAAUAGCACUGGACAAUCGCCUCAUCACAAAGUGCAGAGAAGCAUAUCUUCCAGCCAAAAACAGCGACGGUACAGCGAUCACGCUGGACCAUCUAUCCCUCCAGUAGUGGCGUAUCCAAAAAGAAGCCAGACUAGCACUACAGACAGUGACCUGAAAGAAGAUGGAAUUCAGACAAGGAAAUCUAGCAGUAGUGCUGUUGGGGGACGAGGAAUUGCUCCGGCUAGCCCCAUGCUCGGAAAUGCUAACAAUCCAAAUAAGGCUGAUAUUCCUGAACGUAAGAAAAGUUCAGCUGUCCCCAGUAAUAAUACCGCACCUGGAGCAAUGACACGCCGCAAUACAUACGUUUGUAGUGAGAGAACCACUGCAGAUAGACAUUCAGUAAUCCAAAAUGGCAAGGAGAACAGCACUGGUCCUGAUCAAAGAACUCCUGUUGCUUCAACUCAUAGCAUUAGCAGUGCAACUACACCUGAUCGCAUUCGUUUCCCAAGAGGAACUGCCAGUCGUAGCACUUUCCAUGGUCAACUCAGAGAGCGACGUACUGCUACAUAUAAUGGACCACCUGCCUCACCCAGUCUAUCCCAUGAAGCAACACCGCUUUCACAGACUAGGAGCAGGGGCUCCGCUAAUCUUUUUAGUAAAUUAACUUCAAAACUAACAAGAAGAAACAUGUCAUUCAGGUUUAUCAAAAGGAAUGACAGGUCAUACUCCUAUUUCUUGAGCCUUUGUUGUCAACUGAGAAAGCUCCCGACUGAAUAUGAGAGGAACGGGAGAUAUGAGGGCUCAAGUCGCAAUGUAGCUGUGGAUCAGAAGGAUGAAAACAAGGAAGCCAAGCCCCGUUCUCUGAGGUUUACUUGGAGCAUGAAAACUACCAGUUCCAUGGAUCCUAACGAUAUGAUGAGGGAAAUUCGUAAAGUCCUGGAUGCUAAUAAUUGUGACUAUGAACAAAGAGAGCGUUUCUUGCUUUUCUGUGUCCAUGGCGAUGGACAUGCGGAAAAUCUUGUACAGUGGGAGAUGGAGGUGUGUAAACUGCCAAGACUGUCACUGAAUGGAGUCCGCUUUAAGCGGAUAUCGGGAACAUCCAUAGCUUUUAAAAACAUUGCUUCCAAAAUUGCCAAUGAAUUAAAGCUGUAAGAAAAAGUAAUUAAGUUGUAAAUUAAGUAGCAAUUUCGAGUGUUUUUGAGAACACCGAUGGAAAUGUAUAGAAUAAUAUUUAGGCAAUAACUUCUACAUCUUCUGAAUCAUGAUACUAAAAAAAAAAAUUGAAACAAGCUGCUGAGCUGGGAGGGAGAGUUGGACUUUUUUUUAUAAGUGCACUACAGCAUUAAAGUUGCCUACUAUGUAAAAUAUUACCCCUUCUGCUUUAUUUCCAUUGCUCUAAGUCUUUGACGACAAACUGAAACACACAAUAUAUACAUUUAAAUAUGCCUCCUGUUUGUGUGGAUGUGAGAAUGUACAGUAUGUGUGUAUAAUAUAUGAAGUAUUAUAUGUAAACUCAUCAUUUACAACAUCAGAGCUGUACCCAUACCUCUUUUUGGGCUAAUUUUGGUGCUAAAAAUUGAAAUGGCCAAGGAGAAAACACUUGAGUUAAUAUUUAAAAUAAUUGAAUGGUUACCCAGUAAAUGCAGUUUUACAGUUCACUGCUGUGUUAAGAAAAAAGUGUGAGGGGUUUGGGUUUAUGGUUGUGAACAUUACUCCUGUUUUUAAGUAGAUCUCAUGAGAUAAUUAAACAUUCACUUUUACUCAGUAA